AUGGAUGUAGCCACCGUCAACGACGCUCAGUUCGAGUACCAGACCGCCACGGUCAAUGGGGUCACGUACAACUACAUCGUUGCAGAGCCGUCGUCGGGCAAAGUGGUCGGAACAAUUUUCCUGAUCCAUGGAUGGCCGGACUUGUCCCUGGGAUGGCGGAAUCAGAUCCCCAUCCUGACCUCCAAAGGUCUAAGGGUCAUCGCCCCUGACAUGAUGGGUUACGGUGGGACUGAUGCACCUGAAGACUUGAGCUUCUACACUUUCAAGCGCGCCUCGGAUGACAUCGCUGCUCUCGCUAGCCAUCUCGGCCUGUCCCGCAUCAUUCUUGGCGGACACGACUGGGGCGGAGCCGUCGUCUACCGCGCCGCCCUGUGGCAGCCAGACCUCGUCGCCGCCUUCUUCGUGAUCAGCACGCCCUUCGCGGCCCCGCGAGCCACCUACGUCGACCAGGCUACCGCGCUGCCCACCCUUCACUACCAGUUGCAGUUCCGCACAGACGCGGUCCAGGAUUACAUCGGCCCCGUGGACGCACAGAACGCCACGCGCGUGCGGCAGAUCCUGAACACAAUCUACGGCGCGACGCUCCCCGGCGGCGGUUCGGCCUUCAACGCCAGCGGCGACGGGUACACCUUCGAGCUGCUCGACCAAGUCACCGAGGACACGCCUCUCCUGAGCACGGAGGAGUUGGACUUCUACGUCGACAGCUACCUCGCCGACCCGUUCAACCGCACGCUGAACUGGUACCGCGCGGGCGAGCUGAACUGGGAGGACGAGCAGGUGUUCGUGCCCGGCGGCGGGGCGUACGCGGCCAAGUACGCGCAGCCGGGGCUGUACAUCGGCGGGCUGCAGGACACGGCGCUGCCGCCGGUCCUGUCGACGGGCAUGGAGGCGUACUUUGACAGCCUGUCACGUGGGGAGGUGGACGGCGGGCACUGGAUCAUGUGGGAGAAGCCUGAGGAGGUGAAUGGCUUUGUCGAUACUUGGUUGACCGGCUCGGUGCUCGGGAACCUGACUAUCGGCUUGAACCUCACGGCGGGGGCUGCGAGCGCUCUGGCUAUUCGAUAA